AUGGCUCCCCGAGCUGAAGGCAGCAGCACUCUUAAGAGAGCUCGCGGUUCUGCCGACGACAAUGAUUCCUUCAAGAAACCCCGUCGCUCCGAGCGCCUCUCCUCCCAGCGCAUCGAAGACAGCGCCGAACCCAAGCAAAAGACACCCGUCAACAAGACCAAACAGCUUCCCUCGCCAGUCACCCACGACACCGAUGACUACCAACAAGAUGCCAAAGAGGCCACGGCUACCCCACCAGCUGGCCGCCCAAUCCAGCUGUCGCAAACCCACCCAGAGUCCCAAUACUCCCAGUCGCAAGUACUUGGCUCCCCGCCCAACGACACGCAAGCCUUCAGCCAGUUACCCGAUAUCGACAGGCCAUUGUCGGACGAUGUUGAGGAUGAAGUCAAGGAGGGAGUUUGGGGCUACCUGUUCCCCUUGGACCAUAGGCACGGCGGUCAGUGCGUCGUCUUGAGGCGGAGGGCCGCUUGCCCUCUUCCGGAUACAGUCGAACAAGCGGUUGGCUCUAAGAGAGGCAAGCGCGGUCAGAAGGCGUUGAUCAAGGAGGAGCACGAGUUGGACAAGACCAAGGUCAAGGGGCUUCCAUCCGGUGGCUAUUUGAUCGGAAGACACCCGGAAUGCGACAUCCAAAUAGAGGAUCCCAUCGUUUCGAACCGACACUGCAUUAUCUUCACGGAGAACAAGGGCAACGAUACCGUGGCCGUAUUGGAAGAUCUGUCGAGCAACGGCACAUUUGUCAACGACGCAAUAGUGGGGCGCAAUCGAAACAGAGAGCUCCACGAGCUAGACGAGAUCGCCAUUCUUGACCAGGCCCGCUUCAUCUUCCGAUACCCAAAGAGCCGACACACCAGCGCAUUCAAGCAGCAGUACACCAUGCUUCAGAAGUUGGGCAAGGGUCACUUCGCCGAGGUAUACUUGUGUGUGGAGAAGUCGACGGGCAACCAGUAUGCCGUCAAGGUCUUCUCCAGGACCCCUGGCCUCGAGGAGAGGUCCAAGAACGAAGGGCUUCAGCAGGAAAUCGCCGUGCUGAUGGGGGUUAGUCACCCCAACGUCUUGUGUCUCAAAGAUACCUUCAAUGAGCCCAACGCCGUUUACCUAGUUCUUGAGCUGGCGCCAGGAGGUGAACUCUUCAACUACAUUGUUAAGAAGACCAAGCUGUCCGAGAAUGAGGCUCGCAAGUUGUUUACCCAGCUUUUUCAGGGUGUCAAGUACUUGCAUGAUCGCAACAUUGUCCACCGUGACAUUAAACCCGAGAACAUCUUGCUAGUUGAUGAUGACCUGCAUGUCAAGCUGGCGGAUUUCGGUCUUGCCAAGAUCAUUGGCGAAGAGUCCUUCACCACCACGCUAUGCGGCACACCCAGUUAUGUCGCACCAGAAAUCCUCACCGACACUCAUCAUCGCAAGUACACCAAGGCCGUUGAUAUUUGGUCUCUUGGUGUAGUGCUGUACAUUUGCUUGUGCGGCUUCCCACCCUUCUCGGAUGAACUCACCUCUCCCGACUUCCCUUAUUCUCUUUCGGAUCAGAUCAGGCAAGGCAAAUUCGACUAUCCAUCGCCUUACUGGGACCCUGUGGAUGACCUAGCCCUUGACCUAAUUGAUUCGAUGCUCGUCGUUGACCCCGAGAAGCGCUUCACCAUCGACGAAUGCCUGGCUCACCCCUGGAUGACCGACAAGAAACCUGGCGUCAAUGAUAGUACCAACGGCCUCGUUCACGGCAUUGCCGGUCUCGAUGUCACCAGGCGCGGUGUCCUCCGCGAGCGCACCCUCCUUAGCUCGAUCAACACAGUCCAGGUCGCCGACAGGAUCCCACUUGGCGAGAACAAGCCUGAGCUGAAGGUUUACAAGAAGAAUCCCACGGUAGCAGUCGAUGGGCCCAGUCAGCGUGAAUUUGUUGGCGCACAAGCAGGACCUUCCCACCAGAAGGAGACCAAGCCCGACGACAACAGAGAUCCGAAUGAGUUUAUGAAGAUGGGCGGUAAAGGUGAUGAGGUACUCUUCGCGGAGGACCCGAAGAGUAACUACCCUACCGCCAGCGAGGACGCAAAGGACAUUGUUGAGUCGGCGAAGACGGACGGCAAGGGAAAGGGUAAGGGUAAGAAGAAAUAA